GGGCUGUCUAUACACACACACGCAGACACUGAUAGUCAUACUGUACACAGCAGGGAAACAUGGACAGUGACGCAUUCAUAUACACAGAUUUACACACAGAUUUACUCUUGCACAGCUAAACUCUCACACACAUACAUAGAAACACACUUAAAAUGAAUACAGAAAUAACAACAUAAGCCAACGAACAUGCCUAAUCAAAAAGUUAAGAUUGUACACAUCGAAAUUGACACUUUCACAGACUAAUAAAGCAGAGACACACUUGUAGAACCUCAAAGAUGCCUAAACAUAAAAUACAAGAGAAAACUGACUGAACACACAACCUAAACAACCACAAAGCAAUCGCACAUAUUUUACACACACAGUGCAGCAUUUGCCUCCUUCCUGCACAUUAAAUCUUUUCACUCAAGAGGGCUUGAUCCCUUUCCUCCUUCCUGCUCUGAAUCUCCUCCAAGGACAGCUCAGCACUCUUCUUGGACUGAGUCUUUAGCAGGAGCAGCCUUGUUCAUGCCGGAUUCUUCCUCACCCCCGCCGCUGCUAGCCACUGUCCCAGUGCCAGAGAUGUCUGCUGAUGACGAUGACACACAGAACACUGGAGUGGAUGUGUGGCCUGAGCUGGAAAAGGCAGAAAAGCUGGCCAGGGGAGCAGCGCUGAAAUGGGCCUCUGGUGUUUUCUACCGACCGGACCAGCUGGAGAGACUGGGCCAGUACCGGAAGCGCGAGAGCCAACGCACUUCUUCCGUACAGUCCCGGCUGAAGUCCGCAGUGCAGUCCUACUUGGAGGGGGUGGGUUCAGGGCUGGAGCAGCUCCGCUCGGCUCUGGCUGAUGUCCGAGAGGUGUCCUGCAUUCUGGGAGAGGUGCGCAGUGAGUGGAGCGGCAAAGCCAGUGGGUUCCAGUCCCUGGAGCAUCUUCGGGAAAUUGCCUCGGAACAUGAGCGACUGGCAGCAGCAUUCAACAACCUACCACACCUCUGCUCUGUGCCAGUCAUGGUCAUAGAGACACAGCGACUGAUCGAGUCCAGGCGGCUGUUGGAAGCUCAUGCCCAUCUGAUGGAGCUUGAGGACUGGCAGGAUGACAUCCACAGGCAGCUCCAGCGAACCAGCGGUCCCACCUCGGAAGAGGCCAGUCUGGUUUUAGAUUACUUUGUUGGAGUGCGCCAGCUGGGGGAAGCCUUAGCGAAGGAGCUCUGGGACGUGAUUCGUUGUGGACUUGUACUUGUGCGGCAGGAUCCUACCUCCUUUGUCUCAGCAGUGCGCAUCAUCGAGCGCGAGGAAAGGAUCGACCGUACACUCCUCGACACCCACGAUGCCAACCCUCGCUUUAUGCCUCCCGGGAGGCCCAAGAACUGGAGAACCAAGUUCUUCCAGAUUAUUGAGGAGGCUAUUGCUAUCCGCUUUCGGGCCACCUACCUGGACAUCAGAGGCCCUGGGCUAGCGAACCACCUGGUUGCCCUACAGAACAGCAUCAUGAACGACCUCACCACUGUCAAGCACUUGCUGGAGCAGUGUUGCCCACCCCACUACCACAUUUCUCGAGCCUACAUGCUCAUGUGCCACAAGUGCCUCUCUGCUUACCUGCAGCAGGUGAUCAGCUGGGACCUGGAGAGCAGCGAGAUCUUCACUGUCCUCAAAUGGGUCUUGCAUGUCUAUCACAGUCCUGAAAUGAUGGGCCACCCUGAUCUUUGUUCUGAGGUGAACCUUGAGGAAUUGGGGCCACUUAUAUCCCAGGAGACACUGGAUCAGAUGCAGAAUAAAUACGUCAACACUGUUCGGGCCAGCGUGUCCGAGUGGAUGCAGAAAGCACUGGAGGUGGAACUUUUAGACUGGCAGAGGGACCAGGAACCAGACUUUGACCACGAAGGCUUCUACCACACCAGCCUGCCCACCAUCAUCAUACAGAUGCUGGAGGAGAAUGCGCAUGUUGCCUUGGUGAUCAGUGAGGCGCUGCGAGACCAGAUGAUUGUCAUGGGCCUCUAUGAGUUGGAGACCUUUCUCACCAGGCUUCGUGAAACUCUGGUGGAUUAUGGGAAGGAGUGGCGGAAGGACCGUACAAACCCCAAGUAUUACCUGCACUACCUGCUGGCUGCAAUCAACAGCUGCAUCUCCUUGAGGGGCGCCAUUGAGAGUCUGCAGCAGCAGCAGAGCACUGCCCCACAGUACCGCAUCAACAGAGCCCCUCCCUGUCCACAAGCGGUGCUAGAGAGGACAACCAAAAGAGCCUGCAGACUGGUCAUCGAUGAGCUGCUCUUUGAGGUUCAGCCGCAGUUCCUGUACUUACUGUCUCGCUCCAUGCUGUCAGACUGCGAGGUGAUUGACAGGAUCUGCAACUCUAUGGAGCAGCACUGCAGCCACUACAAGCGUGUCCGGGAGCCCUACUUCCAGUUCCUGGUGCUGGAGAGCCAGUGGGCGCUGGUGGUGGAGUAUGUGCGUACCCUCAUGCAGAAACCAAUGGUCUGCCGCAACUCAGAGGAGAGGAGCCGUCUCUCAGACAGGAUGGCCCAGGAUGCACUGCAGCUGAGGGACCUGUUUCACAGGAUGAGUGGUCAACAAGAUGAAGACCACUGUGCCUGCAGCCAGAGGCCAGAGAGCUGUGAAAUGCUGACUGGGGUGCUGUCUGUGCUGGCAGAGAUUAUCCGGAUCAGUGACACCUCCAUGCUGAGUCUGGAAGUGUCUGGACUCGUCACCAAGUACCCUGACAUCAGCGAGGAGCAUGUGUUGGUCCUGCUGGAUGUGAGAGGGGACGUCCCAAGAGAGGUACGUGGGACAGUGCUAGACAUGCUGGAGCAGAGCGCCCGACCUCUUCCCCAAGGGUAUCGUCCCAUCUUCAACGACAUUCUUGUCCCCACUCCCAGCAUGCCAUUCUGCCUGCCCACUGCUAAGUGUGUCUGAGACAUAAUACCCACAAUCUGGUGUCAGUUUACUUCAAGACAUCAAGUUAUGAAGCAUAUAUACAGAGGGAGGGGGUGCUGCAGGAUAUCAAGAGAUAGUGGGCUAGAUUAUCAGAGCUAUUUACUCCAAAUUUCCAUUAGCAUUUUUUUUUUUUUUUUUUUUUAAAUAAAUAAAUAGUGUUUUUUUUUUACUUUGAAACAAAAAUUGUGCGAAUAAUAAUUGGACUAAAUAUCUUUGAGAAUCUAGCCCAUGAUAGUGAGGUUAGAAGUUAAAUUAAUGGGUAGUUGUAAGUCCUACUGAUCAUAAGAAAUAUGCAAUGUGAAAGCCUGACCAAGCCUCUUCAUGUCCCCUCUCUGCCCAUGUUCCUGUCGCUCGCUUAGUAUCUACAAUAGUUUUUUUCAAGAGAAAUGGCCUUGCUGUUCAGUGGAAUCAGCAUUAUUUAUUUUAAUUCCUGAGACUUGAAUCAGGAACCCUGAAUGUAUUUUAAUGAAUUGAAUACUUCAUGCUGUAGAACACAUAUAUAAUAGAAAGCUUAAAAAAGAAGCAUACUGCAUGUGUGGAUAUUUUCUUUAUGCUACAGUAGUGUUGGGAAAAAUACUAAUUUAAAGGUUCUGAGAACUCUUAUCACCUGUGGGUAUCAGAAUCUAGGCAAUAGUCAUCUACUUUUGUUUGUUUACCCUUCACCCAGAUAAUCUGAUAUGCAUGCAUUAAGUCCUAUUGGCAGAUGUUUUGAAGGUGACAGCUUUUUAGCUUUUGCUGCUUUGCUGUAAUUGACACGAGCACAGAAGCACUCAGCUGAGUGCUGCAGGUUCAACAGUGCAAAAUGACAUGCUGAAAAAUAUAAUUCAUGUUGAAUAUCGUAGAGUUGAAUGUCAGACAUUGGUGAUACUAUAAUUACUGUUAGCAUCAUUUUUUUUAUU